AAGUGUAUUAAAUUAGUCAUUAAUUUUGUGUGAUCCAUGCCAACAGAUCUUUACAAUGGUCAGCAUUUCAAAUAUGCAUACAGGUCUGUUUUGGUUGAGUGGUGAACAGUGUGAAAUUAGUGAGAUUUCAUCUUGUAACACUGCAAUUUUGUAGCGACUGCCCAGUGAAAAAGAGCAUAAUGUGGAUGUCUGGAGAGAAGCUGACAUGGUGUUUUCCUGGUCUUGUUUCCGUGGUUACUGAGGUGCUUUGGAAAAAAGGUUCCUGCUCAGCUAGUUGAACUAGGCUGCUAAUCAUUUCCACACCUGUGUUGGCACCAGCCAGAAACGUUAAUGGAAAAUCUUCAGUUGUUUAGCAAGCCCACUCUGACUCACAUUGACCACUCAAAGGUUGAGAGGAAACAAGGACUAACACAUAGACAUUUUUUGCUUUUGAAACUGAAAGGAUGGCCGAUCAGCUGCAGAAACUUGUUUCACAGAAGAAGGAUGUCGUCGAGACCGUCAUGGAAGUGUUUGAGCAGGGUGCGGAAGUGUUGGCUAGCAUCGCUGGAGAUCUGUUCCCCGUGUUCUCCAUCGCAGCUCCGAUCGUGAAGAUGGCGCUGGAUAACGUGGAAAGCAAAGAGGCCGAGUACAUGAAGGAGCAGUUCCAGAAAGUGCGAGACCGCCUGGAGGUCGUUUCUGAAGAAGUCCAGCAGAUAAACCAGGAGAUCAAAAAGAGCGGCAUAGAUGCAACCUACUUCUCCGUGGAGGAGAACCUGACCAACCAAUUCCGUAAAUUCAUGGACGUCCUGAAUGCGAAACCUAAAUUCAGAGAGGUCAGAAAGAAAACAUUCCUGGAGCACUUCAGCAGGACAGGGGGUGAUAAAAACCUGCACACUCUUUAUAACGCCGUGACCGGUGAUAAUUUCUCAGGAGAGUCUGUGCUGGAAAUCACUCUGAAUUAUGAGCAGAAGAGCCGCAGAGUGGUGGAGGAGUUUUGCGCUACACUCAAGAAACUGUUCUGCAUCGGUUUGAUCGCCUUACUGGGACACUCAGCAUUGAAAGGCGAUGAUGAUGAGGAGAAGCUGCUUCAAGAUUGGAGCGAGAGGAUGAAAGUGGUGCAGGAUAAAAUGAACGUCGUGAUUGAAGACUGCAUCAACAGUUUUCCGACGCAGGCUGAGAUGGACGCCAAACGCAUAGUGAGAGACCAAAGCGACAAAAGCAACCAGCAACUGGCCGACUUGCUGGUAGAGCACCUGAAAAAGAAGUACGACUGGGUUUGCUGGUCAGUCCGCGUCUUUAACUCCCCAACCGGCCUGUUCACUAACAAGAAAGACUUCCACGGUUUGACGGGAAAGAGUCGCUUUCAGGUGUCAUCGUCAGAUGACAAGCUAAACGUUGUGGUCUCCUACAGCGCCUCGCCUGAACCCCUCGAUAAAGCCCGGAUACAGAGCCUGAUUUCAGAGCAGAAGAAGAUCACGAUGACGCCAUUGGCUGAACUGCUUUUUGAGACAAUCCCUGUUAGUGUGGUUCACACAAUCAAGACCUCAUGCAAAGAUCUGGGCUUCUCCAGCAGCUUCUCUGACGAGCUGCACUUCUUUGAGGAGUUCAAGAGCUUCUGUGUCUUUCUUCAUUCUGCUUAAACAAGGAGGAGAAAUAGAAAGAUUAACAGCAGAUGUUGUAGGAUGAUAUUUGAUUAAACCACUAUAAUUAGACUACAUAGCCUCUCUAAGGUUUUGACUUGUAACCAAAAUCAACUAUUGUACUCUACAAUCUUUCUUUUUCAUCUUUUUUCCAGUAUUUCCUUAAUCUCUGCUUGUUUUAAAGCUGUAAAUGAACACUUCAGUAUAUCAAAUUAGUUUUGUACUCUCUUAUUAGUGUAUUUGGUGGGUGAUGGUAGGGUUUUAGAGACUAGGCUGGUAAAAUAGGUAGUCUCGUUGGCGCCAAUGUAGCCUUGUGGGCAGUGUGCCGUCAUACAACACCAUUGCACUUUGGGCGUCCCGUGUUCGAAUCCUGACUCAAGGACCUUUCCCGAACCUGCCCCACUCUCUCUCUCUCUCUCUCCCACUUUGCUUCAUGUCUGAUCUGUCCUGUCACAGUAAAGGCAAAAAAAGAAAGAGGUAAUCUCAGGCGGCUCGCCAACAA